GCCCGGGGCUGCAGGUGCGCGGGGCUGAGUCUGGGCUGGCCGAGGACCGCGAGCAGCUGCGCCCGGGGCUCUGGGAAAGUCCCCUCUUUGCUUCUUAAUUUUAAGUUCCUCUUCACCAGUUAGGGCAAGUCAGCCAAGAUAGACUGAAGAGGAACAAGAACAGAAACAGGGAGCCAGCUACAGAUCUAUCCCAAGAGUUCUGAGGAGAGGUGAUGGUGUCUGCAGCAGAUUGACAGCAGUGGAGAUUGAGAGAAAAGGUUGAAAAUGGUUGCUUGUGUUCAACUACUGUGAAGAGUUGGAAUCAGACAACUACAGCUGUGAUUUUCCAAGUGGUUCAGAAUGUAAAUAUGAUCUGACCUUUCCCUGAUGGACAGUUAAAUCAUGGACACGCUAAACAAUUUACUCUGGACUGUCCUUCCUAAAGAUGCCUUGGCUUCUCUCUUGAAUGCUCACUAAGCAUUUGUAGCUGACAAGGAAAAGAAGGAAAACUGUGAACUGGAAAGUUAUCUUACAAUGAAAAUUACGAGCACAUCUUGCAUCUGUCCAGUCCUAGUGUGUCUCUGUUUUGUGCAGAGGUGUUAUGGAACUGCUCACCACAGCUCCAUCAAGGUGACGAGAAACCAAACCAAACACAUUGAAGGUGAAACCGAAGUCCACCAUCGUCCCAAAAGGGGAUGGGUAUGGAAUCAGUUCUUUGUUUUAGAAGAACAUAUGGGACCGGAUCCUCAGUACGUUGGAAAACUGCACUCCAAUUCUGACAAAGGUGAUGGAUCUGUCAAGUACAUCCUUACUGGAGAGGGUGCUGGGACUAUAUUUAUCAUUGACGAUACCACGGGUGAUAUCCACUCAACCAAAAGCCUGGACAGAGAGCAGAAGACCCACUAUGUGCUUCACGCUCAAGCUAUUGACAGACGUACAAACAAACCUCUUGAACCUGAAUCUGAGUUCAUCAUCAAAGUGCAAGACAUCAACGACAAUGCUCCGAAAUUCACAGAUGGACCAUACAUUGUUACUGUGCCUGAAAUGUCAGACAUGGGUACCUCUGUUCUACAGGUGACAGCUACUGAUGCAGACGACCCUACCUAUGGAAACAGCGCUCGGGUGGUUUACAGCAUUCUCCAGGGACAACCAUACUUCUCUGUGGAUCCUAAAACAGGAGUUAUUAGAACAGCCUUACAUAACAUGGACAGAGAAGCCAGAGAACAUUACUCCGUGGUUAUUCAAGCCAAAGACAUGGCUGGGCAAGUUGGAGGGCUUUCGGGUUCUACAACAGUCAACAUCACCUUAACCGAUGUCAACGACAACCCACCACGGUUUCCUCAAAAACACUAUCAGCUCUAUGUUCCUGAGUCAGCUCAAGUUGGUUCAGCUGUUGGGAAAAUCAAGGCAAACGAUGCAGACACUGGCUCCAAUGCUGACAUGACAUACUCCAUCAUAAACGGUGAUGGAAUGGGGGUAUUCUCCAUCUCCACUGACAAAGAGACCAGAGAAGGAAUCCUUUCUUUAAAGAAGCCACUGAACUAUGAGAAAAAGAAGUCAUAUACCCUCAACAUAGAAGGAGCAAAUACACAUCUUGAUUUUCGCUUUUCUCACUUGGGUCCUUUUAAAGAUGCUACCAUGCUGAAGAUCAUCGUCGGGGAUGUAGACGAACCACCACUGUUUUCCAUGCCUUCCUACAUCAUGGAAGUCUAUGAAAAUGCCAAGAUCGGGACCGUCGUUGGUACAGUUUUGGCACAAGAUCCUGACAGUGCUAACAGCUUAGUAAGAUACUUCAUCAACUACAAUGCUGAAGAUGACAGAUUUUUCAACAUUGAUGCCAAUACUGGAACCAUUAAGACUACAAAGGUUCUUGACAGAGAAGAAACUCCAUGGUACAAUAUCACAGUCACUGCUUCAGAAAACGAUAAUCCUGAUUUGCUGAGCCAUGUCACAGUUGGUAUUAGAGUUCUGGAUGUCAAUGACAAUCCACCUGAACUUGCCAGGGAAUAUGAUAUUGUUGUCUGUGAAAAUUCUAAGCCUGGUCAGGUUAUUCAUACCAUCAGUGCCACUGAUAAAGAUGAUUUUGCCAACGGACCAAGGUUUCACUUCUUUCUUGAUGAACACCUGCCUGUAAAUCCCAACUUCACUCUGAAGGACAAUGAAGCAGCAGCAGCACCCUCACCAUCAGGGUUUGUGCAUGCGAGAGAGAUGGGCGCGUGCGGACCUGCCAUGCAGAAGCCUUCCUGUCCUCGGCUGGUUUGAGUACAGGAGCCUUAAUCGCUAUUCUUCUGUGUGUUCUCAUUCUCCUGGCCAUUGUGGUACUUUUUAUCACCCUGAGGCGCAGCAAAAAAGAACCCUUGAUCAUUUCAGAGGAGGAUGUACGGGAGAACGUGGUCACCUAUGAUGACGAGGGAGGCGGAGAGGAAGAUACGGAGGCCUUUGACAUCACAGCCUUGAGGAAUCCCUCUGCUGCAGAGGAGCUCAAGUACCGGAGAGAUAUCAGACCUGAAGUGAAGCUCACUCCUAGACACCAGACAUUGUCCACCCUGGAAAGUAUAGAUGUUCAGGAAUUUAUUAAGCAAAGACUGGCAGAAGCAGACCUAGACCCUAGCGUUCCCCCUUAUGACUCUCUUCAGACUUAUGCCUAUGAGGGUCAGAGAUCAGAAGCUGGGUCUAUCAGCUCGCUGGAUUCAGCAACGACACAAUCAGACCAGGAUUAUCACUACCUUGGAGACUGGGGACCUGAGUUUAAAAAGUUAGCUGAACUCUAUGGAGAAAUAGAAUCUGAAAGAACAACUUAGGGGGUAAAUUCUUGCAACUUUGUGGAAUUUGCUUCCUGAGUAAAUGGAGAUACAGCCUCAGCAAUGACAAGGAAGACGUGUGGAAACAGUACUUGGAACUGAGCAGACUGGACACAGCUCCUGUAGAAACAAGUGCCCUUUUCAUGAUCGAAACUGGGUUAAUUGGAAGAAAAUCAAAUCUGAAAGAAAAAAAAAAAGACAAUACAAAUAAAAAGUUAUUGUUCCUUGUGUAUAUUUUCAAUUGCUCAAUAAAGUCUGUGGUACUGUUUACUAAAAAUAUCUGAAUUAAGCCAAACAAUGAUGUUUGUUUCAAUAUUUUGUGAUUUAUUUUUUUCAAAAGCAAAACUAAACAAAAAGCUGACUAUGACUUAUAGGGGUGGUAACACUAAAACAGGAAACUUGCAAAGGUAAUCAC